AGAGUGGGUUGGGUUUGGGGCUGGAGUUGGCUCUGUUCGGUGAGGCGGGAAGAAGGCUGCGGCCUGCUCCUGGCUCCUGGAUUUCUAUGGGGUUCAGAUGAGGUGGGGAAUGGGCGAGCUGAAGGAUGGGGGAAGAGGACAAAGGCUCCGGUGCUGACGUCGGGGCCCAGGGGAGGGCUCGGGGCUCUGAUCAGCUCUCGUUGUCUUGUCCUUCACUGGAGCCAUCGGACUGACUUUUCUGAUGUUGGGGUGUGCCCUGGAGGGUUAUGGAGUGUACUGGCCUCUGUUCGUGCUGAUAUUUCACGUGAUCUCCCCCAUCCCUCACUUCAUUGCCAAGAGAGUCACAGAUGACUCAGAUGCCUCAAGCAGCGCCUGUCAGGAACUGGCGUACUUUUUCACCACAGGGAUUGUUGUGUCUGCGUUUGGGCUUCCCAUCAUCCUUGCAAGAGUUUCUGUGAUCAAGUGGGGAGCCUGCGGCCUGGUGUUAGCAGGCAAUGCGGUCAUUUUUAUCACCAUUCAAGGCUUCUUCUUUGUCUUUGGGAGAGGGGAUGACUUCAGCUGGUAGCAGUGUGGGAUGGCAGAGGGCUUCCACUUUGGACUCAGCUCUCGAUCACUCAUACUCCAGGACUUCUUGGUAGAAGCGUGUGGGGUGAUGUCGUAUCACCGUCCCUCGUUUUCUUAUGCCUUUUUUAUAUCUAUGUAAACACAGUUUAUCAAGGAAAAGUACCAGCCACUUAAAGCAAUAGUUCUAUUACCAGCAGAUAGUUUUUUUCCCAUAUUCAUUUUUAUGAGUUACAAUAUUUGCUUUCCUUUUUUUUUCCCACUUGUUUUCCAAGCUGGGUUUUGCAUGUGUGUGUGUGUGUGUGUGUGUGUGUGUGUGUGUGUGUGUGUGUGUGUAUUGUUUUUAAAAUUAUUUAAGACAGCUUUGUAAUCCAUUACUGCUCCUCAGUGCUGCGAAGCUGAGCAUGUGUGCCUAGGAGAUUGCAGAUGGCUGAAGACAGUUAGAAGCUAUCCUGUACUGAGGGGGCAACAUAAAGGGAGUUGGCCUCCUAGCAUCCAGCACGAACCCCUCGCCACAUAGUAGGUGCUUAAAGCGCUAAUUGCCUAGAGAACAAUGGACUUGCUAAGGUCCCUUGUCUCAUCCAGCUGUGAAAUAUUGAGAGGGCAGGUUUUUUAAGCAGGGGUACAUAACCUGGGUCCACAAAUAUCUAAGGAUAGGUUUCUGGGGAUCUGGGAAUUUAAAUGGAAAAAAAAGUUAGGUCUUCAUUCCCAUUAACCUUUGGUUUCCUUUGUGAUUCUGUCUAUUUUAUUUGAUUCUGAGAAAGGUUCCCAGGCUGCUUCAUUUUGCAGAGGAAGAGGCCAUGACACCAAGAUUGAGAGCCCCUGCUUUAGAGGGACAGUGGAGUGCAGUGGAUAGUGGGCCGACCUUGAUGUCAGGGAGUUUAGGUCCUUCUGGAUGCAUUCUAACUGUGUGACCCUGAGGAAAUCACUUCAUUUCUGGGGGGAAAAAGGUGCGGGCAACUCUCUUGAAAACAAUUUGAAGGUAAAUUGCUGAUUUGCAUCAGUAGAAGGAAAUUUCACAGGGCAUUUCUCUGCAGGGUGAGACUAUAGGUGUAGUUCACUCCCCCCCACCCCCCACCCCCAAAAUUAUUUAGAAAUACUGCACUGGGAAGCAGGUGACCUGGGCUGUAGUCCUGACUGCCUGCCAGUUGUGACUUAUGCUAUUUGGGCCUCAAUUAACUUGUCUGCAAAAUGGGGUUAAUGCUUUCACAGGAGCCUGAAGGCAGAAAGCUAGGCCACAUGCUUCUCAUGGGGUCCCUUCCAGUUCUAAAGUUUGUGAUGAUUUUGUCACAGUGCACCAUUCCUGUGUUACUCUUAGUAAAGGAAGUUCUCCAGUAGGAGAUGGCCUCUCCUCCCCAUUCCUCAUUCAUCUAACCUAGGGUCAAGUACCAGCUGUUAUGGACUGCUUGUAGGACCUUAUGCAGUCACCCCCUCUCCGCUAUGCCUUAGUAUUUUUAUCUGUAAAAUGAAGGUGUCAGACUACAUGACCUCUAGGACCUCCUCCAGCUACAAGUCUGUAAUCUAUAACUUAGGAACACUGAUCAUUCUAACACGGGCAGUGGUAGAUGGGAGGAUACAGUUCAGACCCGCCCCAGCCCGAGUCACUGUGGGGUAGAGGGGCAGUCUAGAGCAGUCCUGCUGCUUUUCUUUCCUUCUUUCCUUUUGUUUCUUGUUCUCCCUUGGUAGCAGGGUCAUGGGGCAGAACUGAGCAGGGAUUCUCACACACUACAAUUCUUUCUUUUAGGUCCAUUUUCUUCGGACUGAUUCUCUUUGUUCUCCCUCAUUACCAGGGUCAUUGUGCAGAGUUGAGCAGGGAUUCUUUCUUUCUCUUCUCAGUUCUUCCUUUUGUGGUCACUUUCCUCUUUCUAGUUAUUCCUUCUCACCCUGGCCCCUCUCCAGAGGAGCAGUGCAUGCAGGAUGAGGAAGGUCUGAGGCAGGGUGGCCCAGCUGCUUCUUCAUUUCACUAACACGCCUGUGGAAUUGAAUGGCCUGUGUCUUAUACAAUGUCUGUAGAACUGACACCUUUAUCAAUUCCUGUAAAAUACUGUAUAUUUGAUAUAAUCAACUGACUUUUCUGCCUUGUGCUAUUUUACUCUUUAUGUAUAUCAUUCUGAGUGGAGUAUAACCAUUUUAAGAAGACUUAUUGAAGUAUGAUUACUGACUUUACCUUAUACAUUGAAAAAAUUUUCCAUCUUAUGAUUCAUAAUUCAAAAAAAGUAAUACAUGCUUUUAGAUUCCAACAAGACAUCAGAACUUGGACACAAAAGUCAUAUCUCUUUUAUGGCUAACUUUGAAGAGAGCUGUGUGUGCGUGCGUGUGUGUGUGUGUGCGUGUGUGUGUGAUAUCAUGUGUAACUUUCUACUUUGUUUUCCAUGUGUUUAAGUCAACAGUGAAUGACUUCCAAUAUUUAGAGCAUAGACUAUGUACAAGCACAUUGUCAUAUUUAAUCAUUAAAUAUUUGCCAUUUAAUCUUA